CAACAUAGCAAUAAUGUCAGCCUUUAAUGAUGUGCUUGAGUCUCUAGUCCAGGUGAGACUUUGUGAUAGACAAGACAGUAUAGGCAUUGCACGUGUGUUGUUGUUGCCUUUGUUAAUGACAAGUGAUGUUGAAUGCUCUAUAGGCCUGCUCUCCAACUGAGGAUGACUAUAAACAGCGGAUACAGCUUAUAGAGAAUGCCCAACGGGCUCUACAGCAUCUUGGCAGCGUGGAGGAUUUGAGGGUUAUACCCUAUGGCAGCUUUGUCUCCGGAUUCUACAACUCUAACAGUGAUCUUGAUCUCGCUGUAUGCGGUCACGUACCGUCAAACCGGCUAAAGCCUGCGGCUUUAGCUGAAAUCUUUCGCGGGGCCCCCGAGGAGAGCCAUGUGCCCUUGCACAAGCUGGACAAGCGCACCCGCACGCAGCUGCUGCGGGACGCUGCCAACCGCCUGGUGACGGCGGGGGUGGCCAGCCGCGGGGCCAUGGAGUACGUGCUGCAUGCGCGCGUGCCGCUGAUCAAGUUCACGGACCGGCGCAGCGGUAUCGCGGUUGACUUGUGCCUGGGCAGUCCCGAUACCGGCUUCAAGGCGUGGAGCGUGGCGCAGGUUGCCAGCAUCCACCCCGCGUUCGGGAAGCUGUUUCGAGUGGUCAAGGUGUGGGCCAAGGCUCACGCAAUCAACGACGGCGCCGCGCACAUGUUCAACAGCUGGUGCCUCACGCUGGUGGUGAUCUUCUUCCUGCAGAGGUGUGAGCUGCUGCCGCCGCUGCAUGCGCUGCUGUACGACAAGAAGCCGGACGUGGAGGCGCCGCGCAUCAUGCAGGGCGGGGAGAAGGAGCUGGCGCCGCAGGUGUACGAGGUGAUGCGGCUGCGAGCGGAGCAGGCCGCCCAGCUGUACGGCGGCCGGCCCUGUCGCCCGCUGUCGGAGCUGUUCCGCGACUUCGUGGCGGAGAGCGGCCGCAAGCUGCGGGCGCUGCUGGCCAGCCAGGAGGUGUUCAAGCGCGGCACGCGCAUGAGCGCCUUCUUCGGCGAGCUGCUGGCGGGUCGCCCCUUCCUCGCCUCCUACGUGCUCUGUGUGGAGGACCCGUACGACGACUCCGACAACACCGCCCGCACCUUUGGCACGUGGGAGGGCAACCCGGGUACCAUCCACUACGUCACAUCCGUCUUCGAGCGCACCCUCAAACACCUGGACUUGCUGCUCAGCGGCGCCUCCAGCUCCGCCGCCGCCCCUCCCUCCCUGGCCGCCACCCUGGCCUUCCUGUUCGGCCCCGAGCUGCUGUCCCGCCUCCCGCACCUGAGCCCGCAGCUGCUGGGGCCGCAGCUGGAUGAGUGGGCGCGGGAGGCUGUGCGGGCAGGCCGGCCGGCGGGGGAGGUGCAUGAGGGCAUGCUACGGCGACUGGGAGCGGCAGAUGAGUUCGUCUCCUUCCAGUCCUUCAAGCGGCGCCACAACAUCAAGGUGUUCAACGAGGACAAAUACGCAACACCGGAGGAGAAGGCGGCUGCUGCAGAGAUCGAGGCAGCUCGCAAGGCGGCCAAGCGCGCCAAGGAUGCUGAGAAGCGGGCGGCGAAGAAGGCCAGGGAGCAGGCGGAGCGGGGAGGUCGCCAGCAGCAGCAGCAGCAACCGCCGCCGCCUGCAGCGAUGCAGCCGCCGCAGCAGGAGGGGCUUGUGGUGGCCGCGGAGGCCUCAGCGGCGGCGGCGGCGGCCCUGACUACGCGGCAGGUGCGAAGAGGCGCUGGUGUUAGAGAUGCGGUGGGGAAGCCGAGUCGAGGGUGAAAAGGACGCGUAUAAUGGUGACGCGAAUCUCACUUCGUCCCUUUUCCAAAAUGGCGCAUUGCAGACCCAUGGGUCGCAGUCUCGUCCCAGCUCCCGGAGGUCCACGGGGACGGGCGAAGGUCCCCUCCGCCCCGCCGCCGCCGUCGCUGACCCGCCGCCCUCAGCUUCGGGAUCAGCAGCAGCAGCCGCAGCAAUAGGGGCUCAACCGCCCAGCGGCCCGCCUCGACCCACACUCUCGGAAAAGGUCCGGGGUAUUCUUCAACAAGCAGUACGCAAGGCGAUGGCGCCGCUCGGCGGACGGGGUGUGCAGGAAGCCGGGGCUACCGAAGCAGUAGGGACCCACGCGGCGGAAAGCGCCGUGGCAGCGGCUCUAGGGAGGGCGCCCAGUGUGGACAAAGCGCAACGCGUCGCCUGGGCUGAUAUAGUCAGCAGCGACGGCGAGGGGGCAGACAGGCCGCCGUCACCUCCGCCACCACCGCUUCCGCCCCAGCAGCAGCAGCAGCAGCCGGCGUCGCAGCAGCAGCCGGCAUCGCAGCAGCAGCGGCACGCGUCCCGGCAGCAGCGGCGGCAAUCCUCCAAGCGCCUGCCUUCCCAAAAUGGCGCGGCAGGAGGAGGCGGAGGUGGCGACGGGCCGACGCCUUACGCCUCUUCCUCGGUUGAGGCGGCCAUGCGGGAUCUCGCAAUCGCGCAACGAGCCGGAACCGGAACCGCAGCAGCCGGCAGCUCUUCACAGGCACACGGUGGCGGCGGGUACGGCAGGCACGACAACAACGGCGCCGCAGCCGAAGGCGGCGCUGGGGCCGCAUUUGGCGGAGGCGCUGGUGCAGGAGGCAGCAGCCGGGGGGGUCAUGAUGUCCCUGACGGCAGCGACCGCCGGGUGAAGAAAACGCGCAGAAAAACGAGAGGGGGC